UCUUCAUUCAUUUUUCAAAAGAAACUUUUUUUGUGUUAAUUGUUUAAACAAAUGCGCUUUCGAAUAAAAUGUUGUAAAUGUUACUGUAUGAUGCCUUUUUCUGUUUAACUACUAAGCGUUAAAACAGUUAUUAUAAAUAUUAUGUUGUUUUCUUUUCUUCUUCCUUCCUUCCUCCCAAGGAAAAGGAGUUCGUUAUAAAAACUGCCAACAUAAAGAUUUGCUGAUGGCAAUUUAGUUGUAUGUGUUUAUGUGUUAGUCAACAGCAUUUUUCUAAUAUAGAAAAGAAUACUAAAUUUAUUACAUCAUAGAAAUAGCCUUUAAGAGAAGGUCGCUUUAGUAUUUAAUGAACACUUUUAUGGUUUAAUGGCUUGACGCUAUUUUUAUUUUUUUGUUUUUAUGGUUUUCCAAGAAGCUUGGGUAAAAACAAGUUUGUUUAAUUUGGUGCUGAAAACAUAAGCAGAUUAAUGAAAUGAAUAAUUAGAAACGUUCUUGCGAAAUUUUGCCUUGUUUAAGAGUACUUGUUUAUUAAUACGAAUCUGCUAUAGAAAUUAAGUUUACCGGACUCAGAUUUGAUGAGAGCUGUCCAUUCUAUUUAUCCAAUAUUCUAUGCAUUGAUAAUUGGAGAACAUGUCCAAGCAAUGUAAUAGCUGCUUUAACCAAAAUUUGUUGAUUAAGAAGGAUGUAUCUAAUGCAACAAUGAUCAAGUAUGGAGAAAGUUUAAGACGUUAGCAAAAGAAUACUUGAGAGUUAUCUCCUCUGUAUUGAAAUGUCAUGAAUAAUAUUUUGAUGGUUCCAAAAAUGACAAACGGAGUCGGGUUUCUUUGAGGAGCAUAAAGAAGGGAGAUAGACUGGAAAGGGGAUUUGGACAUCAAGAAACGUAGAAAGAACUCCUAUCUGGACUUAGGAAGGAAGUAGAUGCCGGAAGGCUACCUCCAAAUGUUGCAGCAGGGAUGGAAGAAGUGUAUCAGAAUUACAGAAACGCAGUUUUCCAAAGUGGAGAUCCUGCAGCUGUUGGGGUUGUAUUGUCAAACAUGACUGUUGCAUUUGACCAUUGGCUUUUGGAUGUGGAGGAUCCUUUUGUCUUUGAACCCUACCACAAAGCUCUGCGAGAGCCAUUUGACUACUAUAUGUUUGGUCAAAAUUAUAUCCGUCCUUUGAUUGAUUUCAGAAAUUCAUAUGUUGGCAAUCUUUCUCUUUUCUAUGAAAUAGAGGAGAAGCUUAAGCAGGGUCACAACGUUGUACUUAUAUCAAACCAUCAGACUGAAGCUGACCCAAUCAUCAUCUCAUUGUUGCUUGAGAAAACAAAUCCGCUUAUUGCUGAGAACAUGAUCUUUGUUGCUGGGGACAGGGUCAUAACAGAUCCUCUUUGUAAGCCUUUCAGCAUGGGAAGGAACCUUUUAUGUGUGUACUCCAAAAAACACAUGUAUGAUAUUCCUGAGCUUGCUGAAAUGAAAAGAAAAGCAAACACAAGAAGUUUGAAAGAGAUGGCUUUGCUGCUAAGGGGUGGCUCGAAAAUAGUAUGGAUUGCUGCAAGUGGUGGCAGGGACCGCCCAGAUCCCUUUACAGAAGAAUGGUAUCCAGCACUCUUUGAUUCUUCUUCAGUGGACAAUAUGAGAAGGCUCAUAGAACAUUCAGGUACCCCAGGGCAUGUAUAUCCUUUGGCUCUAUUGUGCUAUGACAUCAUGCCCCCUCCGCGACAGGUAGAAAAAGAAAUUGGAGAAAAAAGAAUUAUCACCUUUCAUGGGGCUGGAUUAUCAAUAGCACCACAAAUCAGCUUCCCAGAAAUUGCUGCUGCCUGUAAAGAGUCCGAGGCUAAGGAUGUGUACUCACAAGCUCUUUAUAAGUCUGUGAGUGAGCAAUACAAUGUCCUCAAAUCCGCAAUACAUGGAAAACAAGGGUUAGAGGCAUCAACUGCAGGUGUCUCUUUAUCGCAGCCAUGGAACUAGUCAAAACCAUGUCAUGGUGUAAACAUCUGGUUGUAGGCCAAAUCUUCUCUGAUGCAUAAACUUUGUACUGUUUAACAAGAAAGCCAUCAGAUUCGUAGAAAGAUUUCCCUGCAAAAGGAACCCCAUAUAUAUUUCUUGAUAGUAGAACAUCAACAGUAGAUUUACCUUUUUAUGGGAGCCAAAUCCAUCAAAGCUAUCUCAAAAGGUUCUGCUUCAGGUUUGUGCUGUACAGAUUUGUUUCCUAGAAAGAGUGAAAGCCAAUAUAAUAGUCCAUAGGCAAUUCUUGUGUGCAUAUGAUCUAUUCAAAUUCGAUAAGUCAAAAGUCCAGAUCUAGAAGCAAACAUGUAUACCUAGUAAAUGGAAAGUAGGAAAUGCUAAUAAGGCACCGUUUAGAGCAGAUUCUCUCAAAUUGGGACCAUUAUUUUUUGUUUUUUAAAAUUUAAACUGGCUCUUGUAAUUUAGAAGCUGAACAUAAAUUACCUUUCCGUAACUCAUUAUUUUACAGUAAUUUACUGGAGAAGAUAUGCCUUAUUUCUGCAA